AGUGACUCGACCAUACAACACGGAAGUCUAUGGUUUUAGAAAAACACAUGUGGACACAAGUGAAUUUAUUUUGUACAUGUGAAGAACUAACCAUGGCUCAAACACAAAACAACGUCAAGAAAGCUUCUUCUAGAGACUUGUUGACUUGUGGCAACGGGAAAGGAAUCCAUGAGAAACUUCUAUUGAACUCUAAAAGUGCCUCGCUGCACACAGCAAGGGUCCCCAAAAGUAGUGUCUUGGACAGGCUGCAAAGUUUCCUGCCUCAAAUCGCCCAAGCCAAUGAGUCUCUAAGACAACAGAUGGACGAGGCUCCUGCUGGUUUCUUUGACAUUGAGAGUGUGGAGGAUGCAGAGAAAGUCAUCGAGAUGGACGUGGCUCUGGUUGAACUGGAGGAUUCAGACAGCAGUGAAGAAGAUGAGUUGUCAUCAUCAUCAUCAUCAUCAGAGGAAGACAGCUCAGAGGAAGAGGUGCAAACUGUCACUGCAAAGACACUCAAACUUCCAGGUGACACAAAGAGAAAGGCCAACAUCCAGGUGUUGGAGAAAGAGAGCGAGUGAGAGAACACAUACUGCCAACUUGAACUCUGCAAGAGUUCUGUGCCUAAUAAAAGAAAUAUAUAACCCUGUUGCUGUUUGGAAAGAGCACAGAGCUGUGAUUUUAUGUCCAAGUGAGCUGGCAGACUGGCAUUUCAAGUUAUUUGAAGAUGUUUUUAUCCAGAGGGUGAAUGAUUAAAGGAAGAGUUAACAAUUUUUUUUAAAAUGUACUCACCCUCAGUAUAUAUAGGAUGUAGAUGAGUUUGUUUCAUCAUUAGAUUUAGAGAAAUUUACCAUUACAUUACUUGAGCAUCAGUGGAUGCAACGUUAGGAUAAAAACAUCUUGAUGGUGGAUUUGUUUCUUAUAAACACACAGCUUUCAACUUUAUAAGAUGUCAAUCUUAUAGCAAUGUGGCAUGGCAUGGAGUCGAUCAGUCUGUGGCUCUGCUCAGGUGUUAUGAGAGCCCAAGUUGCUCUGAUAGUGGCCUUCAGCUCUUCUGCAUUCGUGGGUCUGGCAUAUAGCAUCUUCCUCUUCACAAUACCCAAUGUAUUUUGUAUGGGGUCAGGCGUGUUUUCUGGCCAAUUAAGAACAGGGAUACCAUGGGCCUUAAACCAGGUACUGGAAGCUUUGGCACUGUGUGCGGGGGUCAAGUCCUGUUGGAAAAUUAAAUCUGAAUCUCCAUAAAGUUGGUCAGCAGCAGAAAGCAUGAAGUGCUCUAAAACUUUUUGGUAUACAGCAGCGUUGACCUUAGACCUCAGAAAACACAGUGGACCAACACCAGAUGAUGAGAUGGCAAAAUUUACUUUCAUCAGAGAACAUAACUUUGGGCCACUCUGCAGCAGUCCAGUCGUUUUUGUCUUUAGCCCAGACAAGACGCUUCUGACGCUGUCUGUUGUUCAAGAGUGGCUUGACACAAGAAAUGCGACAGCUGAAACCCAUGUCUUGCAUACAUCUGUGUGUAGUGGUUCUUUAAGCAC